AUGGAUCUGUUUCCUUUCUACCGGCAAAAUCAACAGCGGUGGCAGAACUCCAUCAGGCACUCGCUGUCGUUCAACGACUGUUUUGUUAAAGUGCCCCGGACACCCGACAAACCAGGUAAGGGUUCGUUUUGGACAUUGCACCCAGACUCUGGCAACAUGUUCGAGAAUGGUUGCUACCUUCGCCGGCAAAAACGUUUCAAAGACGACAAAAAAGACGCUUCGUCGAUCCGGCAACACGGUGACGGUGGUCAUCACCAUCAGCACCACGGCGGCCACAAUCACUCAAAAAGUUCGUCACCCAUGCUACACAGCGGUGGUGGCGGUGGCAGUCAACACCAGCUCAGCGGCCAACAUCAACUAAGUGGUGGCCAUCAUCAUCAGCAGCACCAUUUAGACAUGGUGCUGGAUAAGAAGCCGUCGUCGUCGGUACCGCCGUCAUCGGCGUCGUCCUCCUCCGUACUCGCCGCUGCUGCUGACCACCACCACCACCUGCUUCAACUGCAACACCACCAUAAUCAAAAACUAGGUGCCGGUGGUGGCGUGCUCAUGUCAUCAGCCGCUGCGGCAGACUUAGGAUUCGGUGGUGGCAUGCACCAUCAACACCAACAACACCAACAGCAGCAGCAACACAGCAAACACCAUUUACUUCUGCACCACCACCAUACGCACGAUCACCAAAAUAGCCACAACAACGGUAAUCACCAUGACAGCGACCACGAUCACGUUCACCACAUGCACCAUCACUUACAACAACACGGUGGUGGCGACGAUGACUCGUCAUCGUCCAUGUUGGUUGGGUCAUUGCUGCAACACCACCAACACCAGCAACAACAACACCACCAGCAGCAGCAUCACCACCAGCAGCAGCAGCAGCACCAUCAGCAGCAGCACAGCCCGGUAGACAUUUACGCCGCGGCUGCGGCCGCCGCACAUCACAAUCACCAACAACAACAACAGCACCAGCAGCAACAGCAGCAGCAUCAUAGCCACCAUCAGCAACUGCAACUGCAACAGCACCUCAAGUCUUCAGCAGCAGCGGCUGCCGCGGCCGCAGCUGCUGCCGAAUUUGCCGCAUCCAACCAUCCGUUUUCAAUUACGCGACUGUUGCCGCCACCUCCAACGGCCUCAGCUGCUGCUGCCGCGUCGGCGUCCUGA